AUGAAACUUUUUUUGGAAGAUAUAAACACACCAUUGGAAUUAUCACAUUCAAUAACGGCGGCAUUUGGUAUUAACCAAUUAAUUAGAAAUUGUGGUCAAACAACCAUCAAUCAUGAUCUUUAUCCGAAAAAUUUGUUGUUACAUAAUCACCAAAAACAUUGUUAUGAUAUUGAUCAGCAAGAUUUCAACCUGUCAGAUGAACUGUUAGCUUUACGACACAAAAAGGCAUUAGAAUUACUAAAUAAGCCAGGACAGAGAGAGUCUUUUGAGGAGUGGACCAAAAAUUCUAUUAAUAUAACUGCAUUGAAAGAGUGGGAAGAAGCUGGAUAUUUACAAAAAUCUCAACAUAUUGAAAACUUUAUCUUUGAACUUCUAGAAUACUUAAAGUACAAGAAAAACGAAGCUUGUAAGGAUGGUACCAAUUCUGAAUCAGUUGGUGGUGUUUUAUUUGACUCUCAUGGAAAAGAAAAAUUUAUAUUUCAAACAUCAGCAAUAUUAAGAAACUUCAAUAAUAUACAAAAAUCUAAUAUACCUAAGUUACAAAUUAUUGACUCGAAAUUUACAACUAUGACAUUAUCAAAAUUUGAUAAACUUCCCUCGGAUUUUGUGAUUUCUCCUGAUAAUUCGCAUGCUGUAUUUUCAAAGAUAAUCGAAAAAUCUGAGAAUGAUGAUCGUUCUUAUCGCUUGAUUCGUCUAAAUAAUGAAUUAGAAGCAUUGCUUAUUCAUGAUCCUGAAACUGACAAGUCUAGUGCUGCUUUAGAUGUUCAUGUUGGACAGUUAUCUGACCCAGACAAUUUAGAAGGUCUUGCUCAUUUCUGUGAACAUCUUUUAUUCAUGGGCACAAAAAAGUAUCCAAAAGAAAAUGAAUACUCUGAG